AUGGACUUCCUCGCCAGCUUCAACUUCCGAGACGAGGAGCCCAGCAGGCUCGACAGCCAGCCGCAUGCCUCUAUUGAGGAAUUGCAGUCGCAGCUCCGUGAUGUCUUCAGCGGCAAGGUCAGCGAGACUCGGGCGGAGCGUGUUGCGACAAGGCUGGACCUCGCAGCGGCAGCCCAGUUGACGCUUGGAGUGUCGGAGGGCGAUGGUCAUGCGCUGGAGGGGCUGAGCAGGCUGGAUCCGUCGCUGGGAGGAGCUCAGUCGACGGGCGAGCAGACGGGCCGUGUGGUGCGCGUGAGCGACGCUCUGCUGAACCAGCCGGCCGACGAUCCAGUGUUGCAGAGGUCCAUUGCCAACCACCUCGUGGCUGCGGUUGGCCAGGUCGACGGAAGUGAAUGGGCGGUGCGGGAGGUGUCGCGAGCAACGCAGGACUGGGUCUUUUCGUAUGUCUGCAAGGGCUCUAUGCAGCACUGGCAGCGACAGCACAAGAGCCAGGUCAAGCCACCGGUUGCUGAAUACUCACAGAGAGAGAUUGAUCCUCUGUUAGCAAGUCGGCCUGCCUUUGACUGUCGAGGAUCGCUCAUCAUAUCCUUUUCUCGAAAUAGUAGAGCUAUAUUCAUUGACUAUGACCACAUUCCGCUCCACCGCACAGUCGCCCAACUCGCAACCUUGUUCAAGCCUCCGCCUCCACGACGUCCUCUCCCUACCGUAGAUAAACAGCCUAAGACGCCAAAUGCAUCGAGGAAGAAGAGAGAUGCCGACAAAACGCCUGGUGGUGAAGGCAACAAGUCGAGGAAGAGAAAGAGGAAAACAGGCGAUGCUGGGGCCGCAGGUGAACAAGGUGUACUCGAUUCUCAGGACGCCGCCGCUGUUCAGAUAAGCCAGCUUCAGUUAGGAGAAGGGAGCGGCAGCUCAACUGGCCAGCAGCAGCAUGCUCAGGAUGUGGCAGCAGCUGCACAAAACUCGGCUGCAGGGCUGCUCACCAUCAACGUCUCGCCCGAGGAGGCGGAGCGGCGUCGAAAUGUCGCCAUGGUCAUGCUUCAGGGUGCUGGUGUUGAUCCAGACUCUCUUUCCCCGGAGCAGUUCAACAUUUUUGCAAAUCAAUCCCCAGAACUACAGAAGGAGUCGCUUAAUAUGCUGGUUAAGUACGGUGCAGAGCGUCUUCGCAUUGUACAUCCCGGCAACAAGGAGGGCUCUGCUCCGCCUUCUACCUCAAAUCCAUCAUCUACUUCUGCGACCCAGAGUAACAUACAGGGAAGCUCAUCUGGCCCGGUCACUACUAAUGAACUGGUGCUACAAACCUCCACUCCUACAAACAAGAAGAGCCGAAGGAAGAACAAAGCGGCGAAUGGUGAGGGCGAAGAAGCAAAUGCAGGCUUAGAAGACGCCGGAAGCGCCAAGAAAUCGAGACGAAGGGGGGGCAAGUCGAGAAUUGCCUGUGCCCAGUGUAAACAGCGCAGAGUCAAAUGCCCGAGAGAAACACCAAUAUGUAGCGGGUGCCGUGAGGCGGGUUUGAUCUGUGAAUAUGCCGCCCCCAAACCAAAGAAAGUGAAGUCCAACGCCAUCAUCACAAUAGAAGAUGAGCAAGAUGGGGAGGAAGAGGAUGAACAGGAUGAGGCCGAGGUUGAAUUAGAUGACGAAACACUACCAGAAGACCAGCAGCUUCAUGAAGAUGCAGAGGGUUAUCCUGAGCUGCCCGACAAUUCUGUACACCACCAAAUGCCAAUUGGAGAUGUGUUGGCCAACAACAUGGCUGCUACUGCUACUGACUGGGAACAAAAUCACGUCCCGCACGACUAUUUCAACCAUACAAACAUGGGCGUCUCCGAGGCAGGCUCUUCGCAACCCUCACAACAGAGCAGUAUGCCGCUGUCGGAUUUAAUCCUGCCUCACGGACGCCAGUACUACCCCAACGUUCCGGCAUCUGAGGUGCAGGACCAGACGCAGACGCAGACGCAGACGCUUACACAGCCAAUGGCUCAUGAACGCAUGAAAAAGCCAACCAAGUCGUCAGCAAAAGGGUCUGGGCGUAACGCAGCGACUAGGAACACUAAUCAAGAGGACAGACACAGCUCCUUGAAUACCACGGCAGCUUCGGACUGGUCUAAUGGCGGCAACCCAGUUACUCAGGCGGCAGCGGUUGUAGCAGCAGUCGUAACAUCGAUGCAGAACCAGACUCCCCAGGAGCCCGCCUACGGAAUAGCAGACUCAUCUGGCCGGAGCAGUGCUUGGCGGUCCACGGCGAUGCCCCAGGCGUUGGAGAAUUCUCAGCAACAUAAUGUGGCUGCGGCAUCACUUCAACGCACUGGAGCUGUUUCGCCAAUGAAUGUUGUUUCACGAGCCACGAGCAGCCCCCGGACGGGCAAGCGCCAGACACGAGGUGCGGUUCACGAGACAUCAACAACAGAUGCCUUUCAGAGCCCAAACAUGUCGGAUCCAAAGCAGCAACAGCAACAGUCAAAAACUCAUGGGCAAGGACUACAAGCGCCAGCUGGCAUGGCUGGCUCUGGGACGUAUAACAGCUACGACCGUUAUUCUAGCACCCGAGCGCCAGAAGCAGCUUCAACCGACAGAAUUACAUACGAGCCAUAUUCAUAUCAGAGAGAUGCGACCAACACCACCUCGUAUACGAACUAUGGCCACGGUUCACAUGCCGCGACGACAACGACGGCCACUGCUAGCAUGCAGGCGCCAACGUCAGUCUCUGCAGAUCGCUCAGGCUCACAUGCUUAUGGCUCCUACGCGAAUACAUCCCGAAACACCUCACAUACCAACCAGACAUCCCACAUGGCGCCGAGGGGAAAUGCACAAGCACAAGACUUUAGUAACAAUAACUCGGACUUGACACGUAAUUCCCGGCAGAACUUCAACUCCCGACCACAGAGUUCGACGUCCAGGCCGAGCCAGAAUGCAGCGAAGCAAGACCGAAACUAUCCCGCUUACUCAUCGCAGAUUCAGCAACAGCAGCAGCAGAAUACUCGCCAGCGUGUGGCUCAACAGCAACAGCAGCAGCAUGCACAGCAGCCAUCCCAGCACCAGGCGUGGUACGGCUUCAACGGCCAGUCGGGAACUGGCUUUGCGGCUACUUCUGGUCAUGGCUCAAAUUAUAGCUGGAACAUGCCAGGUGAUUCAUGA